AUGUUUUUAAAGGGCAGUGAAGAAGUUUGCGCGAAGUUGGGUGUUCGACAUAAAGCGUUGAUUGAAGUAAGUAAAUUGAGACAACAACUUACGAACCUCAUCAAUUCAUCGUGCCAUCUCAAAGAAACACUCACCAUUGACCCGUCCCUGCAAGCACCGUCCGAAACUCAAAUCAGAAUGCUGAGACAAAUAGUGAUAUCGUCGUUGUGUGAUAAUAUUGCUCGUCGAGUGGAUAGGGUGACAAGUGACGAAGAGAUACCGAAAGGUGCAUAUGAAUGUCAACGAUUAAAAGUUUGUUGA